CUUUAUUUAAAAGGAAGAAUCUGCUGCUGGUUGCAGAAUUUACAACACUGAAAAUAUUCCAACUUGGAAACAUGGCUUUGCUGAUGAAGACAUUGGUGGGAGGUUUUGUCCUGUUUGGCAUUAUUCCUCUGAUUCAUGCCUGCUGGUUGAUGGACGCUGGUAGCAAAGAUCAGUGUCAGGAUUACUUGGAUUAUUCAUGGCACCCACAUGGAUCCACCUGGACAAACCGCUACUGUGUUACAUGCACUUGUAGCCCUGGAUACAUGGUCUGCUGCUCUGAAUUUCCAAAGACUAACACCCCUGGCUGCACCCUGAAAAAAGACUUUAAAACAUGCAAAUAUACAGUGAUUAAGAGCGACCCAUCAAUUGAAUGUGCAAUCAACUACCGUUAAUGUUGUUGAGACAGAUGUUUCAAAAUCAAGGCUCACAUAUAAGGCCAUUGUGCAAACAAUAAUGUGGAGGUAGAAUGUGAGCCUUUUGCAAUUUAGAAUGAGAAGUUUGAUCUUACAAUAAAGCAUUACACAAAACAAUUGUAUAGUGUUUUUGUAACAGACUGAGUCUUGUAUAUUAACAUAAGUAACUGUGUACUAUAAUCUGAUUUGGUGAGAAGAAGAUGAUCAGUGGGAGAAAAAUACUUCGCUGCAUUGAUUCUUCAUUGUUAAGUUCAGAUGCAGUAGGUUCUUUGAUGGUGGGUUAAGCUGACCAGCAUCAUCUAUACUGCAAAUGAUUCUCUUAAUAUAUUCAUGAACCAGGCAAUGCUGAGCUCUUCUGAAAGCACAUAAACACCCUCACACUAUGCAUUUACACAUCUAACCUGCAUCACUGUAAACUUCUUUGACAACUCGAAUUUUUUGGGUGGAGUUUCAAUAAUAAUUUUCUAUAUAUACUAUAUAUAUAUAAAAAAAAAAACAAUACUAACCCCCUUUCAUCAAACUGCAUUUUGACAGUUUUUUUGUCCAAUCAGAGUGCGCCACGUCACGAAGUCCCUCCCCUUUUAUCCAAUCAGAGCGCACCGUGGCGGGUAGUCCCGCCCCCCUUUCGACCGAUGAGAUUCUUCUUUUUUUCCAGAUGUCCCACCCCGAUCCUCCUCCCUAAAUAAAUUUGGAUUAAAGCUAGCUAGCAAAAAUUCCCCAAUUGGAAGAGUUUAGCACAAAAAAACCCAGUGCUUAGCAUCAGUUAGGUUAGUCUCGCUAUUUAUAUUUAGCCACGUUUUACCAACAAGCAUACGGGGAACAUUUAAUGCACAAUGUACAAAUUAUUUAUUUGUUACUGCUGUGAUUUAUUUGAAGCUAGUCAAAGUUGAUGGUCGUAGUGAUGAACUUUUUUUCCCUUUUCCCGUGUAUCGUGCGAUUUCGGAUCUUUUAUUAAUACUUUAUUUAUUUAUUUUUGAAACAUAAACGGUAUCUCUGUUAUAUGCAAAAAAAAUAGAUUUUAAUUCGAGCAUCACAUUUUAUUCUGUUUCCCAGCGCGAUCCUCAUAUUCUGAAAAUAUAUUUUAUGAAAAUAUCCUCAUACUCUCUUUUGUCAGCUGAAACAUUAUAAUGAUAUGAUGCGUCAGGUGUAUAUGGUUGCUCGAGAACUUGUGACAGGUGUUUCGGUGGGAAAAGAACUUUAGGGUAUAUAAGAAACAAGACGGACUAACAUUUUCCAUGAAGAAAUUCGGGGAUCGACACGAUGGCUCAUGCUUUAAAAGUUCAAGCUGAAAUUCACCAGGUGCCUGAGUAUCAGGUUACAGCAGAAGAACUAGAGGGUAUUAGCCUCACUCAGACGGAUCCAGAUUUUACACGCGGAAUUAAUCCUGAUGAGUUUGCGAGAGGAUCGGGAAGCGACAGUCUCGCCGAUGAUUUGGAUUUGAUUCUAACAGGGGCUUCGCCAGCGAUCUCGCGAGAUCGCCGCGUUCCCUCCUCUCCUCCGAGAAGCGGAAAUGGCGUAAUAGAAAUAUCAACAAAAGUAGCGAGCGUGACACCCAUCUUAAAAGCCUGUGACGCGCCUCAGCGAGCGAAGAGACGGAGAUUAGUCAGUAAGACAGCGUCUCUAGUGAAGCGAUUAUUUACAGAUUCAGUCGAAUCACCCACAUGGUCACCCGCGUGUUCAACCAGGGAAGGGGGUCGUGGAUCUCAAAGCGUGAUUAACGGUAGACCGAAGCGGAGACCGAAGCGGAUAACGGCCCAGAACCGAAUCAGGAAGCCGAGCGAUGGCGGAGAGAGCGCCAGAGUCCCACUAGACCUCUGUUUAAGCGCAGGUUUCCUCAACGACGGAAUAACGCCAACGUCUCUAACCAGGAAGCGAGACCUGAACGGGUCCGUCGGCUGAGAAUAGCGCCACCUCUCCGCCAGCACCGUGACAGCGGAAUCUUGCGACUCGCCGAAAUAACGAGCGAUUUGAUUCGCGACCUGAUUCGUGACUACAGCGCCACGUUUUCUAACGCGUGUGAAAAAGGUUUUGUGUGAAAG